CUUUUACUUUCGUUUUCCAGUUUCAACGUCACACAUCCGAUCGCAACACAGUUUAAAAGCCAGUGCUUGUUCUGUGCAAUGUUAGAGGAGCAGGAAAGUCCAGCUGAUCUCUGUUCCAGCUGACUGGUGCAGGAUGGCAGAUUUUGGGCUUUAUUCAUACCAGGAAGAAGUGGUUGAAAGGGCGCUCAAUGGAGAAAACAUUAUUAUCUGGCUUCCGACGGGAGGUGGAAAGACUCGAGCUGCAGUUUAUGUAGCGAAAAGACACCUGGAGACCAAAGCAAACGCUAAAGUGGUGGUCCUAGUAAACAAGGUUCAUCUUGUCGACCAGCAUUACAGCAAAGAAUUUGAGCCUCACCUGGGUGGUUCUUAUGACAUUGGGAAGGUCAGUGGAGAGUGUGAGGAGAAGGAUUUCUUUGGGAGAGUGGUGCAGAGCAAAGACCUGAUCAUCUGCACAGCACAGAUCUUGUAUAAUGCUCUGAUUAACAAGGAGGAAACAAAACACGUGGAGCUCUCAGACAUUACUCUUCUGAUAAUCGAUGAGUGUCACCACACCCACAAAGAGGGAGUGUACAACAAAAUCAUGAGAUGCUAUGUGGAGAAAAAGCUGAAAAGAGAAAGACCAUUACCACAGAUCCUUGGUCUUACAGCAUCACCAGGAACUGGGGGUGCAAAGAUUCUUGAUUUUGCUGUGGACCAUGUCCUGGAGAUUUGUGCCAACUUGGACUCGGCUAUAGUCUCAACUAAAAACUAUGUCCCUGAACUGAAGAAAAAGAUACCCAAACCCAUCAAGACCUUUGACAUUGUACAGAAAAGACCUGCAGAUCCUUUUGGAGAUCAUCUGAAGUGGAUGAUGCAGCUGAUCCAUGAAUACAUGGACCUUCCCAAUGACGUCAGGCUGAGAGAGUGUGGCACACAAGAAUAUGAGGCAGAUGUGGUUCUUCUGGAGCAGCGAGGUGUUAGAGAAAACAACAGAUUGCUGGCACAAUGUGCGCUCCACCUGAAAGAGUACAGUGAUGCUCUGCUCAUUAAUGACACUCUGCGAAUGAUGGAUGCGUAUCGUUCUCUGGAGGAUUUCUACAACAUCAAGUUCACCACAGCCAUUGAUGGAACAGACUUUUUCCUGGUGGGACUUUUUCAAGAGAAUCAAGUGGAGCUGAGGAGACUAGCAACAGAUCCUAACUUUGAGAAUCCAAAGAUGGCCAUGCUUGAAAGCAUUCUGCUAAAACAGUUUGGUUCUGGACUACAGUCAAAGGGAAUUCUGUUUUGUAAAACCCGAAAAAGCACCCACUGUCUAAAUGAUUGGGUUCUCAAAAAUCGAGCCUUGCAGACAGCCGGCAUCAAUGCAGCCAUACUUACUGGGGCUGGCAAUGGCAUCACACACAUGACACAGCAUGCGCAGGCAGACACAAUCCGCAACUUCCGCCAGGGUACACUAAACCUCCUGAUCUCCACCAGUGUGGCUGAAGAAGGCCUUGACAUCCCCGAAUGCAACCUGGUGGUGCGCUAUGGACUGCUUACAAAUGAGAUUGCCCAGCAGCAGGCCAGUGGUCGUGCCCGAGCAAAAGACAGCCAGUAUUCAGUGGUUGCUCAAGCAGGGGGACGGGAGGUCCGCCGAGAGCUUAUCAACGAAUAUCUGGAGGAGCUGACUGGAAAAGCCGUUGCUAGGGUCCAAAACAUGAGCCACCAAGAGUUUUGCCGUAAGAUAAAUGAGAUACAAACUAAGACCAUCCUUGCCAACAAACUCUUAGAGAAUCACAAAACAGAGAAGAAGAGUCGCUACGCUGCUUCUGAUAUCCAGCUUCUGUGUCGAAACUGUUUUAAACCAGUGGCCUCUGGCAGUGAUAUUAAACUUCUUGACAACAUGCAUUAUGUCAACAUCAGUCCAGACUUUAAACAACACUACAAAGUUGGUGGACAGGUGGUGCUUCCAAGGAGUUUUGAGGACUGGGAGCCUGGACAAACAAUCAGCUGUAAUAAUGGCAACUGCAAUAAGGAUUGGGGAUUUGAGAUGAAGUACAAAAAGGUCGUCAUCCUGCCUAAUCUAGCCAUUAAGAACUUUGCCCUCCAGGUGGCUCCAAAUGAGAGGACCACAGUAAAGAAGUGGAAGGAUGUUCCAUUCGCCGUUGAGGACUUCAGCUUUACGGAGUACUGCCAAGAGUACUACCCUGAUAUACUUGAUUGAGAAGCAGAAAGAGGUUUUGUUCUUUCUAGUUACUUUCAUUUAGAUAAGGUCAACCACUUUUUUUUUUUUUGAAGUGCUUAAAUAUGAGCACGGACAUUUUAAAAAUUCACUCCACUCUUGCUAGAUCUGUUUUGUGCUAGUGGGCCAGUGAGAUAACAGCAUGCUUUAAUUCCUUGACUCACUGAUCACACUUGAAGUUAGCGUGACAGCUUUGUUUAUGCCCAAGGUCCUUGCUGCGUGGCAUGUUUGAUACGCAUUUCCUCAGUUACAUCCUAAGUAAAGUACAAAGGCAAAGCAGAAAUUAAACUCGGCUGUAAAAUUAACUUUAACUAUCAUGAACAUCUGUCAUGUGAUCCAGAUAACUGCUUAUGAAUUCUCUUUAAGCUGCUUUAAGAGGCUUUUUAAUUAAGAAAUCAUUUUUGUAUAGAUCUAAUUGUCUAAUCAAUAAUUUGUGUGGAUGUAUUUUUAGUGAUAUAUGAUGUUUAUAAACUAAACCUAAAGCUGAAAUAAAUGAAAUUUUAAUAAACCUUCCUCUUCAUCAGCAGCUUACUUGUAUUUCAUUUGCUUUUGUUGUCCACCAGGUGGCAGUGUUAGAUAACCAAUAACAUGCUGUGUUUGAUACCCCUCGCUAAUGUACUGGAUAUAAGUUUUAAACGUUGAUUCUUCAACUGAGAGCACAAAAAAAAAAAAAAAAAACAUUGAUGCCCAGAGACCCUGAAGCAAACAAACUGCUCCUGAA